AAUUCUUCCUGAAUUGCACUGAAUACUACUGAAUAGCAAAGGCAGCGCUCCACCAUCUCUUGCUUGCACUUCACCGCCUUCAUCUGCGUCGCAACUGUUCGUCCGGCAUGUGAUUAACUUUUCAAACGAAUCACGCGGUCGGUGAAAUACGUGAGUAGAUAUUUAGUAUCGUCCCCUUAUCUGCGCCUUAUUUUUAUUUUAAUAUAGUUGUGUUUGAAGUAAUUGUAUCGAACAGUGCAGUGAGAUUUGCUGCUGCAUCAGGUUCAAUUUGAGUAUUUGUUAUUGCGUUUGAAGUGCCGAACUUCUCUCCUCCUCUCAAGUGUGUGCACUCAAAAUGAAACGAAAUUUAACAUUUGGGCUGGUACUUUCUUGAGUGCCACUCGGUUUGGAAUCGGAAUUCAAUCCUUCUCUUCAUGAAGUCCUGCUCUAAUCUCGUUAGUAGGCCCAGCUUGGCUGCAGUUCUGUGAUUCAGCACCAGCUCCUUGUUUCCAUCAUUGCUGCUUGAACUGUGUCUCCUUCGUGUAAUCAAGAAUGGCCUUGUGGAUGAAAGCUCAACAGCUGCAGGGUCCUGCCCUGCAUCAUGUGCAAGCUCUAUAUGGGGACAGUUUCCCGAUUGAAGUGCGGCAUUUCCUUGCCUCAUGGAUUGAAGAUAAGAUGUGGGCUGAUAUUGAUCCUGACAAUCCUCAGCAUGAGCAGUACAUUAGUCAAUUUGUUGAGUCUCUCAUACGGGAAUUAGAUGAAAAAAUUCAAACCAUCACAGCUGAGGAUCUUUUCACCACAAAAUUAAAAUUGAUGGAAGCUUCCAGUAUGUUCAGACAACGAUUCAGUCAUAAUCCAGUCAGCCUCUUUCGGAUCCUUAAGAAUUGCCUCGACAAUGAGAUGAAUCUAGUUAAAAUUGCGGAGUCUCAGCAAAGCACGGGACAAGGCGUAAAUGCUAAUGGAUUUCUUGGCAUCAUGGACCCACCGGCAGUGGAAAUUAUUCAAGAGCUGGACAAAUUAAGAAGCAAAACUACCAAAAUCGGAGAGUGUGUUCGUCGAGUUGAGCAGGAGCAGGAGUCCUUUGCAAUACAGUAUCAUGAAUUUUCAAAAGUCAGCCAAGCUGUGCAGGAAUUUCAAUCAUCAUCUGAAAACACCGCCAUUGCCACCCCUGAUUUUGAGAACGAGCUGAAAUACCAAAAGGAAGCUCUGGAAAGAGCUCUUCAUCAAAAGAUUAACCUUAUUGGAACACUACAUGCUGAUCUGUCCAAGAAAUUGCAAGACACAAUUGCUCCUUUAGCCUCAUUGCAAAGCCGCAUAUUAGAUGAAGAAUUAAUCAAGUGGAAAAGAGACCAACAGCUAAGUGGAAAUGGGCGAAAAUUUACCAGCAACCUAGAUAAUAUUCAAGAGUGGUGUGAAAGUCUGGCAGAAAUAAUUUGGUUCAAUCGUCAGCAUAUCAAAGAGGCGGAACGACUAAAAUCUAUUAUGGUAAGAUUUUUCCGACCAGACAAUGAUGAGUUACCGAAUCUUGAAGCUCAAAUCACCCAGUUACUUUCAUCUUUAAUCACCAGCACUUUCAUCAUCGAGAAACAACCACCACAAGUCAUGAAAACCAACACGCGAUUCACUGCAUCAGUUAGACUUCUCGUCGGCGGAAAAUUGAAUGUUCAUAUGACCCCUCCAACUGUAAGAGCUACAAUUAUCAGUGAAGCUCAAGCGAUUUCCCUUUUGAAGAAUGGUAAAGUAACAUCAGGUGAAGCCAGCGGGGAAAUAAUAAACAAUAUAGGCACAAUGGAAUACCAUCAAGCUACCAAACAACUCUCAGUCAGUUAUAGGAGCAUGUCACUAAAGAAAAUCAAGAGAGCUGACAAGAAGGGAGGCACAGAAUCAGUCAUGGAUGAGAAGUUCUCCCUUCUUUUUUCCUCCCAUUUCACUGUUGGUGGAGGCAAACUCGAGUUUCAAGUAUGGACCCUUUCAUUGCCUGUUGUUGUCAUAGUACAUGGUAACCAGGAACCGCACGCAUGGGCCACUGUCACCUGGGACAAUGCGUUUGCCGAACUUGGGCGUAUACCGUUUGUCGUUCCAGAAAAGGUUCCUUGGUGUCAAAUUGCAGAUGCUCUCAAUACUAAGUUUUGCGAUGCCACCGGAAGGUCUCUCACUGAAGAUAACCUUCACUUUCUUGCAGAGAAAGCCUUCAGGGCUGAACUGAAGGAAUACAACAGUUUGUUACUAAGCUGGUCUCAAUUUUGUAAAGAACCGUUACCCGACAGAAGCUUCACAUUUUGGGAAUGGUUUUAUGCUGUUAUGAAACUAACCAGAGAACAUUUGAAAGGACCUUGGAUGGAUGGGCACAUAUUAGGAUUUAUUCGAAAGAAAAGAACAGAAGAAAUGUUAGCUCAGUGUGAAUACGGAACUUUUCUCCUUCGAUUCUCAGAUUCUGAGCUUGGUGGAAUCACCAUUGCUGCUGUAGGAGAAAACAAAGAGGUGGUCAUGUUACAACCAUUUACCGGUAAAGAUUUUGCAAUUAGAAGUAUUGCUGAUCGCAUUUCAGACCUAUCUCAUAGGCUUGUUUACCUUUACCCUGAUAUAUGCAAAGAUCAAGCCUUCGGAAAGUAUUACACCCCAUUUUCAGAAAACCAAGCAACUGCAGGGAAUGGGUAUGUGAAACCUUUCCUAGUGACACACGUUCCAGGCUGGGGUGGCCCCUCUGGUCCAAGUAUUGGAACAGGUAGUUAUCCACCGACUCCACAAAACAUGUUCCACCCACAGUCACCCAUGGACAACUCAUCCAUUAUCACUGAGUCUGUUGCCAGUUACAGUAAAGGGAUUGGGGCUGAUUUUGAUUAUAUGGAAUUCGGAAAUUUGCCAUCUAUUGAGGAAGAUGAAAACCUAGAAAAAAACCUAUUUUAUGACACCUACGACGUGAUGAACAAGCCACCGCCAUCGUCCUGAUUUAUCGACAUCGAAAUGAUUUAGUUAUUGAUCUCUGUGCCAUAAUGUCUAAUGAAAAUAAAAUGGAACUUCCGGGCCCUCGGACUCUGUCUGCCAUCAUCAAUAUAAUUUGAGCCGGAACUAACUUGAAAUCGCUUACCUAUUGCUCCAAAUAUUCUGGAGGCGUCAGUUUCAAAUAAUUCUGAAACAGGAACUUUUAUUGUUUUUGGCAUCAAAUGAACUCAGACCUAAUACAAAGCUUUUUCUUCAGAUGUAUACUGUGCUUUGUGCUUUUGAUGUUUUCUUGUGGAUGUAAUAGCUAGCCUUCUCUCUUUCCUCUUCUGCUUCUGAGACUUUUUAAUUUCUCAACAAGUAUUGAUCUAUUCUCCCGUCCGGAUAUCACUUUAGUUUUUUAUUUCUUUAUAAAUUAAUAUGUUUAUAUUUUGAUUAAUAAAUCCGGAGCAGUAAACUUUUUGAAUACUUUAGUCUUAUAGACCUCAUCAUUCAUGAGCCUUCUUAGCAGGAGCUGGUUCAAAGCGAGACUGUGCAGUGCUAUUGUCUAAAUAUCAAUCUGCAGCUCUCUUCAAUUUAAAAGCACUUACCAUGAUCUGACGAUGAGAGAGGAGUAACUAUUCUGUUUCACUGAUUUCUAAAGGCCUUGUCUCCACGGGACGUUUUCAUGGGAUUUGUCCCAAGUUUGAAUUGCAGGAAUGAAACUUGUGGGAUUUUUCCCAGUUACUGUCUCCAAGGGACGAGGCUCUUACGGUCCUGCAACUAGUUUGC